AUGGCGACUGACAGAUGCCGAGCCGGGUGCCGCGAGUUGCGGAGCGCCGUGUCGGCGCUGCAGGCGAAGAUGCGAAACCAAGAGGAGCUCCUGAUGGACCUGGAGGAGCGCGUGGCAACGCGUGACAGUGGAGCUCAUGAGCGGCUGCGAGUUGUUGAGGCCAGCAUGGCUGCUCUGCGCUCGCGGAUUGACUUGGUUGACAUGAUGCAUCCUGAGGAGACCUUGGAAGCAAAGAACUUCCCGGCCAAGGCGACCAAGGGCCACGAGCGCAGCCCAAGAUCUUUGAAGGCUAGAGACGUUCAAAGUGAAAAGCUGCUUGAUGCGCAGCUUGAGAAACGUCUGGUGGCUUUGGAGGCUGGCACUGAAGAUGCCCUCAAAUGCCUAAGGUCUGAUCUGAAUCGUGUUGUGAGCAUUGCAAAGGCCAAUGGCUCACGUCUGCAAGCCCUCGAGGCCAAAGAGGAGCCGAACAGCCGCAUCUUCUCGUGCGUGGAAGGUGCUGCGCAGGUCGCCACGCGAGCUUUUGCAUCACUGGAUAGCAGUGUCAAAUCAAUGGAGCUCCAGGUAUCGAGCAUCACAGCCAGUUUGACGGCCUGUGGUGAGGAGCAGCAGAGACAAGCUAUGGAAUUGAAACAACUCGGUCAUCAGGUUGCUCGUCUUGAGACUUCUGGAGCGAGUCAGGUGCAGCUCCAGGGGCAUCUCCAGGGGCAGCUGCAAGAUGUUCACCAGUUGAUUCACGACUGGACGCUGAAGCAGGAUGACUUUCAGGCCGCCAAGGAGGAGUUCGCCCGUCAGGCUAGUGUGCAUAGUGGGCAUGUCUUGACAGCCAAGUUGCUGCGUAGCAUGUGGGGGCGCUUCCUACAUGGUGUCGCAUCCGGAGAACCUUCCAAUCGUGCCAUCGUUUUGUGGACGCGUCUCACUCCAACCAAAGACGCCAAAGUCCCUGUUCGAUGGCAAAUUUGGGAGGGUAGCAAUCGUAGCAAGCUGCUGCUUUCGGGUGAGGAGAAGGCCAAGGAAAUGCAUGACUUCACUGUGAAGGUGCAUGUGCACUCGGAGCUCUUUCGGCCGAGUGUUCUUUACACCUACGGAUUUGACUGCGGUGUGGCCAAAUUGGCCAAAUCCCCUUUGGGUCAGUUUCGUUUGCCACCUGCGCCAUCACAGCCUUUACACAGCCUGGACUAUGCCAUUUUCAGUUGCGCCAACAGGGGCUUCGGGAAUUUCCGUGCCUAUUCGGAAGCUGUUGAUCGAAGUCCUCAAGGUCUGGAUUUCUGGCUUCACCUUGGGGACUUCAUCUACGAGUCAGCUGAGAUUUGA